GUGUGAGAAUGUGUGUGUGUAUGUAUUGAGGUGAACUAGUUGUGCAAGAUGCUUCUGUUUUUUCGUGUGUGUGAGCUAGCAGGAGGUUGUGUGGUGCGUUUGAGUUUUGUGCGACGGAGAGAGUGACCACUGGGAGGGUUGGAGUUUUUGGUGGGUGUGUUGUCAUUGUGGAUGUUGUAGGCAGUCGCGCGUUGUCAAGGCGGCGUGUGUUUUGGAUACAGUUGCUAUUGGAUACGGUCGCUAUGGGGGUCACUAGUUCCAGAAACUACUCCCCCUCUGUUGUCACCGUGGGCAACUGCAACAUGCCCACCAGGCUCAAACGCCGUAACGAGCCCCUAAAGAAGGAGCGUCCCAAAUGGAAGAGUGACUACCCGAUGACGGAGGGACAGCUGCGCAGCAAGAGAGAUGAAUUCUGGGAUACGGCUCCCGCCUUCGACGGCCGCAAGGAGAUUUGGGACGCGCUCAAGGCCGCCGCCGUCGCCAUGGAAACAAACGACCACCAGUUAGCGCAGGCCAUCGUGGACGGAGCUAGCAUCACGCUACCGCACGGCUCCCUGAGUGAGUGCUAUGAUGAGCUUGGGAAUCGUUACCAGCUACCAGCCUACUGCUUAGCCCCGCCCCUAAAUAUGAUGUCAGAGCACAACGACUCAGAGGGGGUGGAGCCAGCACAACAGGUCCCCGCACGGAUAGAGUUCCCACUCAAGGUGCGGUUGUCUACUGGUCGUGACAUCCGUCUGAAUGCCAGCAUGUCCGACUCCAUUGGUCAGCUGAAACAUCAGCUGGCGGAGCAGGAGCAGUUCUCGGCCAAUCAUCAGCGCUGGUUCUUCUCGGGGAAGCUGCUGACGGACAAGACCCGCCUUCAGGACACCAAGCUGCAGAAGGACUACGUCGUACAAGUCAUCGUCAACACCGUACCUCCACCCCCGCCUAGCAGCAAGUGAUGAAGAGAGAGAGAUAGGGAGGGAGGGAAGGAGGGAGGGAGCGUGGGAGGUCAAGAAAUAAAAUAACUUUGCUGUACAAGUCAACAUCAACAUGGCAACUCCACUCCAGCCUAGCAGCAAGUGAUGAAGAGAGAGAGAGAGAGAGAAAAAAAAAGAGAAGGGGAGAGAGAAAGACUGGCCACCCUCUACAGUGGCAGUAACAUCCAGGCAUGUUAGUUAACCUCCCUCCCGAAGCCUCAUAACAGAGAGAGUAGAUAAAGAGAGAGGUUCCGCUGGCCCAUUGUUUCCGGGUUCUACUGUCGCAAGGGGGAGGAGGGGGAAAUCCCCGUUUAGGCAGACCUAAGGACUGUUCUAUUCAUUCUAAAAGCAUUAUGACACGCCCCUUUAGGCAGACUGGAACCUGAUCAUGUUAGGUGCCCAUAGAAACCUAUGAUGUUGGCAUAUCUCUAUAUACUUAAAGAAUCUCUGCUCAUACUGACACCAGAGAUUCUCGGAGUAUUAUCCAGUCUCUCUGCCGACACACUACUCACUUAGCUGCAAGACAGCGACAAGCUUGUUGCCAGUCAAAUGAAGAUGAUUUUUUUUAGCAUGAAUGAACAUUAGCCAUAAAAGCUGUCCCACUCGUCUUUAAAACUGUCUGUAUGUGACACUUCGCGUUGCCAUUGAUCUGCUCUGUUAAUGGGUGGACACACUUCUUACUGGGGCCGUGAAAUUUGCCAGGUUACUAUUCACCAAGGAGCUAUGGUAUAUGUAUACUAUACAGUGCACAUCAGUAAUGAGUACACCCCUUUUGGGAAGUUUUUUUUAAAUGUGUUUUUGGGGCUUUUCUAGCCUUUAUUCAUUUUUUCGUGACAGUGGAGGAGAGACAGGAAGCGAGUUGGGAGGGAGAGAGGGGAAGGGUCGGCAAAGGACCCGGGCCAGAAUCGAACGCGGGUCAGCCACAUAGCAGACUAGUGCCCUACUGUUAGCGCCAUGAUAGGGCCAAAGUUUAAAAAAAAUGUAAGAUGUGUUUUGGGCUUUGUAUGCCUUAAAUCAGGACAAGACAGUGUGAGAGUGUGACUUGAAAUGAGUGGGGGAGAGAGGGGAAGGGUCGAGAAAGGACCUCAGACGAGAAUCGAACCCGGGUCGCCGGCGUAAUGGCACGGUGCCUUAUGUCAUUGACCCACCGCACCACCUGAAAAGUAACAUUUUUAACCAUAUUUACUCUAUUCACUUUAUGCACGCGUCUUAAUCUAUGCACUUUGUGUGUUUAU